AGGCACAAUAAUAUUCCUUCCUAAUAUGAUUCCUUCGCUAAUUAUUAACUUUUCUCAAACUUUUCAGUCUGCGUUCAGCGGCUGUCCCGGCCGAGAGGGGAGGUGUUUAUACUACAUUUCCCGGCAUGCCUUGUCGAGCACUUCCUCACACCCGCCUAUGACUAGAGCGCCCGAAGCAUCGCGGGAAAUGUAGUACCGCACAUAACUGCAUAUACAGAAGCUGCCGGGUCGCGAUAAGCCCCGCUCGGUUUCCCAUGAUGCACCGCGAUGCAUAGGGUGCAAAUUCCAUAGAACUAAGGGUCCUUCUGUGCCUUCCUAUGUGGAGAGUCAGGGCUGCUGUGACUCUGGGGCUCCGCUGCUGGGUCAGAGGAUCACCUGGUUGUCGCCGUCUUAAGGGUCCUGCAUAUCGAGUGCCUUCGCUUUGGCUCCCAGAGGGGUCCGGUUUUCGUUCCAUGUAUUCCAGGAGCCGAAGUGACAAACACAUGGAUGCGGUGGUGGUGGACCUGCGCAGCGACACCGUCACCAAGCCCUGUGCAGAGAUGAGGACUGCCAUGGCGGAGGCAGAAGUUGGAGAUGACGUGUACGGUGAAGACCCUACUGUCAAUGAGAUUCAGCGAUAUGCGGCGCAGCUUCUUGGGACUGAAGACUGUCUCUUUGUGACUACUGGGACUAUGGGAAAUCUGAUCUCAGUCAUGGUUCACUGUCGGGUCAGAGGAUCGGAGGUCCUGGUUGGAGAUGAAUCUCACAUUUGCUUCUAUGAGCAAGGAAGUUCAGCACAGGUGGCGGGAGUUUUCCCUCGUGCCGUGCGGACCUUGAAAGAUGGCUGUCUAGAUCUGAAUGAUUUGGAGAGCAGAAUCCAGCAUGGCUACCCAGAUGUGCACUUUGCUCAGACAAGUCUCAUUUGCCUGGAGAACAGCCACAACCGUAUGGGGGGCCGCGUGUUACCCCUAUCCUACAUGAAGGAGGUGCGGGACCUCGCAGAUCGCUACGGACUGAAGAUCCACCUAGAUGGAGCACGACUGCUCAAUGCUUCAGUGGCGCUGGGGGUGGAGCCGGCAGAGAUUGUCAGAUUCUGUGACUCUGUGUCAUUGUGUCUUUCAAAAGGACUUGGGGCACCAGUGGGUUCACUGAUUGGGGGAAAAGCUGAGUUUGUAGCGGAGGCACGACGGGUGAGGAAGAUGCUUGGAGGAGGCAUGCGUCAGGCUGGAGUACUGGCAGCUGCUGGACUGGUGGCAUUGAAACGGGCAAAAGAGAACGUGAGGCUGGAUCAUCACAACGCCAAGACAUUUGCCAAAGCGGUACAGGAGCUGGCAUCCCCCCUCUGCAGCUCGGACCCCUCUGUAGUGGACAGUAACAUAGUGUUGCUCACCAUCACAGCACCACUGUCCGGUCAGGAACUGUGUGAUCUGCUUAGUGCAGAUGAUGAGCCGUCCGGCGUGGUGGUGAAAGCGCUGGCCAUAUCCAAUGAGACAGUUCGGCUCGUCUGGCAUCGAGAUGUCUCCACAGCUAACACCCUGCAGGCAAUAGAGAAGCUAAAGUGGGUGUUACAGAAAUACAAAACUACGGCAACCUAGCCUGGAGGCACCUACGGAGUAAUGUUCAGGACAACAUUGGAUUUUUACAUUACUGCCCCAUUAUGGAAUUUGUUUCCAGUUUUCAUCUGUCCUUGCGUAUGACUCUAGAAUAAAGAAAUGUAUAACCGCACAGCAGAGGUGAACAUGGAACAAGCUCCCAUAAUGCUUCACUGCUCGGAGAGGGCAAAAGUCACACUAAGUCAGCUAAAUCAUACAGCAGUGAUCUGCAGACUGUGGGUACUGUCAAACUACAAGUCUUCUCAGGACUAUAGCCUGCUGCACUGUGCAUGCCCUGGAAGGUCAACGCACCUACAGUAUACAGAAAACUAAGAAUUUACAAUUGCUCAGUGGGAUAAAGAAAGUACCAGGGUCUCUGUAGAAAGUAUAAGAUUAUUCCUACACUACAUAUUUAGUAAAGAAUAAAGGAUCGCUGUAGCUGUAAAUGGGUCAGAGUUGUAAGACCAGGCUCAGCACCUUCUAUUAAGUAGUGGGGGUGGAUGCCCACCAAUCAUUAAUGGCCCAUCCUGAGAUUAAUGAACUAUAAAAAACCAAGAGCGCUCCAUAGCUUAAAACGGUUGCUUUUAAUAAGCCUCUUACCCCAGGUGGUUGUGAGUUCACACUUUCAAUUGUCAGCGUGGUCCAGUCUGCAGCCUCCCAACCAAGUAGACAGCAAA